CAGCGGCAGGAGGCGAAAGAAAAUGAAUGGAUGGAUGCGCCCCCAAAAGAUCCCCUCUUUCCUCUCUUCACUCACUCGCCCCAGAGACAGAGCUGACUUUUGCUCUCUCUCUGCUCCCCAGCCCGGCAGCCUCAUGUUCUCCUCCUUCCUGUAGCUUCUUCCAUCCCCCGCCCGCUCCCCCAAAUUCGACCCACCGCAAGCCGCACCGCAAACCCUCUCCCGCCGCGCCUAAAAAUCCGCUCUUUUUGAACGGGGGCGGCGGGAAUCUGUCCGCAGCGGCGGCGGCUCCGUUCUCUUGGUUCUAGGGUGGGGGGGAAGACGGGAGGGUGUGGCCUUGUGGGGGAGAGGAGAGGAGAGGAGCUCGGAUGAGCUGCUUCUCGUGCUUCGGAUCGGCCCAGGCGGCGGCGGCGGCGGGGGAGGCCGAGAAGCCGGGGCACGCGCGCAAGGACGGCGCGGCGGCGGAUCGCGGGGCGGCGCCGCACAAGGGCGGAUCAGAUAAAGUGAGACCGCAGGGUGGGUCAGACUCUAAGAAGGAUCAUCUAACCAUCCCUAGGGAUGCAAACAGCCAAAAUAUUGCAGCACAGAUUUUCACUUUUCGUGAACUUGCUACUGCAACUAAGAAUUUCAGACAAGAUAGCCUUUUGGGCGAGGGAGGUUUUGGCCGUGUAUAUAAAGGUCGUUUGGACAAUGGGCAGGCUGUUGCUGUGAAGCAACUUGAUCGUAAUGGUCUCCAAGGAAAUAGAGAAUUUCUGGUUGAGGUCCUCAUGCUCAGUCUUUUGCAUCACACUAACCUUGUCAAUCUUAUUGGUUACUGUGCGGAUGGUGAUCAGCGCCUUCUUGUUUAUGAGUUUAUGCCAUUGGGCUCACUAGAAGACCAUUUGCAUGAUGUGCCGCCUGAUAAGGAACCUCUUGACUGGAACACACGGAUGAAGAUAGCUGCAGGUGCAGCUAAGGGCCUAGAACAUCUUCAUGACAAGGCCAGCCCUCCUGUUAUUUACAGGGAUUUCAAGUCAUCAAACAUUCUUCUUGGUGAAGGAUUUCAUCCGAAGCUGUCUGAUUUUGGCCUUGCAAAACUCGGUCCGGUUGGUGACAAGACUCAUGUUUCAACUCGUGUUAUGGGAACUUAUGGCUACUGUGCCCCAGAAUAUGCAAUGACUGGGCAGCUCACGGUGAAAUCAGAUGUCUAUAGUUUUGGUGUUGUUUUCCUUGAACUGAUCACAGGGCGCAAGGCAAUUGACAACACCAAACCCCAGGGGGAGCAAAACCUGGUGGCAUGGGCUCGUCCACUCUUCAAAGAUCGCAGGAAGUUUCCGAAAAUGGCCGACCCAAUGCUUCAAGGUCGGUUCCCCAUGAGAGGUCUAUAUCAGGCCUUGGCUGUUGCUGCCAUGUGUUUGCAAGAGCAAGCCACAACUCGCCCUCAUAUAGGAGAUGUUGUCACUGCUCUCUCAUAUCUAGCUUCUCAGACAUACGAUCCAAAUACCCCAGUUCAACAUAAUCGGAGCAAUUCAUCGACCCCUAGGGCCAGAAAUGUUGUCAGGCGGAACGAAGAUCCACGCAGUGCGCGCUCUCCGAAUCACCAUUCACCAGACUUGAGGAGGGAGGCUGCCAGAGCAUCGAAAUACGGAGCGGAGGUUAGCAGGACUAGUUCUGCUGGAGAUUCUGGUCGGAGAUCAGGAUUGGAUGACAUGGACAUGGCAGGGACACAAGUAGGCAGUCCAGCUCAAACAGGGAGAAAAAGAGAGACUCCAAGGACUGCUGACAGGCAGCGUGCCAUCGCAGAUGCCAAAUCGUGGGGCCAGAAUUCUAGAGAACGGAAGCUAUCAAACGGCCACGGCAGCUUUGAUAGUAGUACAAAUGAGUAAAGUCAACAGGUGUAGCCCUAGCGGAGGGACGAGUUUGCUUCGUCAGCACCAAACGGCCCAGAUCUAGGAACAUGGUGUUCUGUUCCAGCUCGGUUCCGUUGUCUGUGAAUAAAGGCUUUUUUUCUUGUGCCCCUCUGGCCAUCAGCAACUGCCUCAUGGUUGCUUUAUCUACGUGUCGUUGCCAUCGACAUUCCUUCUUCCCAGCGGCGUCCAUUCCUUGCCUUGCGAAUGCGAUCGUGUCAUGUUACUCAUGGAGAUCCUACAAAGAUGCAGCUGGAAACAAGAGAUUGAAAAGGAAAGCGAAGACUGUUGUAUCUGAUGAGUGCUCUCGUCUGUUUCCUUUUGCGGUUUUACAGGAUAUGAUGAUCUGCACUGCACCUGUGUUGUGAAAACUGAGCUGGCUACCUGGAGCCUUUGAGGUUUUGUUCUGAUGAGAUUUCAGGUUUGGGGAUAGCAUAGAUUAUUACCAUAUUACCCUGUGCCUCGUACAGCUACUCUUUUGUUUCUUUUCUUUCUUUUUUUGUGUGUUGAGUCGCGUUAUGGAGUCAUUUAUUUGUAUUAGCUUCAGUCAGUGUUCUUCUUUCUCCCUGUAUGUAUCUUAGCGCUGCGAUUAUGUACUUGAGCAUGGAGCAAGUAGUUAUAUCAAGUCGUUAUUUCGCUGCAA